AAAUGCAAAUUAUUGAUUGGAACGUGUAAGGGGCUAAAUUGGCAGAGGCCGGAGGUGGAAUUGGAGCGUAAAGCAUAAUCUUUUUGGCGCCGCCCAUUCUCCACCGUCGCUCCACCGGGAAACCAAUGGGUCGCAAGAGAGAUAAACCCUACCCUUCCUCCCACCUACCUACCUCUGUCGCUAAGAGACGGCGCCCUCCGCCACCGGCACCGUCGCCUACGGAGGACGAGGAUAUGGACAAACCCUUGUCAAAGCCUGCGCCACCGCUUGCCCUAGUCGUCGUUGACCUACCUUCACACUGUUCGGUGCUUGACUUGAAGUCCCGAUUUGAGAUCUACGGAUCCAUCUCCCGCAUCCGAAUCGACCGUGAUUGUGUUGGCUACAUCACUUAUCGCACUAAAGACUCCGCUGAUGCCGCCAUGGCCGCGGCCCUUGAUCCCUCCUUCGCCUUCACCAUUGAUUCCAAAAAGGUUCAGGUACUAUGGGCGAAUGAUCCUCAAGUCCAAUGGCGGCAAGGGAUUAACGUUGGUGUUAACAAGAAUAAAGAAUUGUCUUCAAAGCUCUUGCGGGCAGAAGUGCCGCUGAGCAGACAUGGAAGAGGCAAUAAGCUCGCUUCAACCAUUGUCAACCCCAGAAGAAGCAAUAGUUCUUCAAGGUCGGAUGUGCCUUUCAGGGGAAGGGAAGUUGUUGCUUACGAUGAUAUUCUCUAAGUUUACAGAUCAGAUUGCUUCAUUUGAUAAUUGCCUGCCCUUUUGUUUUCUCCUUUGCUUUUGGUGUGGUAUAGUGUAGAGUAUAGAUUGAGUUUUUUAGGUGUAUAACUGUUUUAUGCUAGUUGCCCCUCCCCCUUAAUUCUUAUUGAUUCAAGCUUCUUUAUGAUCCUAAAUCCAAGUUUGUGUUAAUGUAUAUCUAUACCAUUAAUUAAAGGAAACUCAAGCUUCUCACCAAAGCUUAGUUGCUUACUUA